CAACUGCUUAGACCUAAGCUAAGACGUAUGUGAAUGGUUGUGACUGAGGGUUACAAACACAUUAUAAGCAAUUAUUGUCGGCUGAAUACUUCUUCCAAACAGCCAAAGAAUUUUCUUCAGACUAGCGGAGGAUCGCCGAGAAUCGCUUUUUCCUACAUGAACUGAAUGCAGCUUCGGGUUGCUCUGUGGUAGCAACAAUGGCAUCUAUCUGUCAGAUAUGGAGACCGGACCGAGGACGGUGCUUCAAAGCCUACGGAGUUAUCAUCCUCUUGUUUAUGGACCUGGUUUUGCAAUGUGUAAACGGGUACCUGAGCUCUCCUCAUGUUGGCCAGGAGCCCCCCUACAUGAGAGAUGCCCAGCAUGGGCCAGCCAUCACCAGCCCAGUGGUCCCUUCUGCAUCCUCAGUGUCUCCUGCAGACAAAGAGAACUACACCUCCAAGUGUCCUAGUGGGGGUUUGUGUAGUCGCCUGCCAGCUGAUUGCAUUCACUGCAAUUACCAAUACAACUGCACCUACGGGAAACCAGCUUCUUUCACUUGUAAACCCAAAAAAGGGGUUCACUGUAUAGGAGAGUCAGGACAACAGCAAACCAACUUCUCCCUCUCCAUCAUCUGUCAGUUCUGCUGGCAGCUGGAUCCAUCCCAGUACCGCUGUUCAAACUCCACCAACUGUAUGACAGUGUCCUGCCCACGCAAGCGCUACAACGCCACCUGUAAUGUGUUAGACCAUGUACAUUGUUUAGGUAAAAGAUGUUUUAUGAAACGUUUAUUUUGUGACUGGACUGGAGGAUACAAAUGGUCAACAGCAUUAGCACUCAGCAUCACACUUGGCGGUUUUGGGGCAGAUAGGUUUUAUCUGGGCCAGUGGAGAGAGGGUCUUGGCAAACUGUUCAGCUUUGGAGGCCUGGGUAUUUGGACUUUGAUUGAUGUUCUUCUGAUAGGGGUUGGUUAUGUGGGCCCUGCUGACGGUUCUCUCUACAUCUGAAGCAAGGCUCUAGAGACAUGGCUGGAUGGUUUGUGCCCUCUUCUGCUUCACUCAAAGCUUGAAGAUCUGAGAUGCUGUGUUCUUAGCACGUUUGCCUGCCCGAGCUCGCUGCACAACACGUCCUCAUCCCAUCUGCUAACAGGCAGGAAGUGUUCUCCUCAUCACACCAACGAUGGCUCUACCCACACAACCAUCAGAUCAAUCCCAAUCAUUCUGCCUCCAUCUCCUGUUGAGAUUCUGAAGAUGGGGCUGUACGGGGGGAUGAGAAGCCAGUAAUUAUGUCUAGCUGGUUGGUUUGACUUAACUGGGGGUUAGGCUCUGUCAUGCUGAUAUAUCGAUAGGUUAGGUUUCCUGUGGAGCUGUGCUUUCACAGAUAUCCUGUCACCUCGGAGCCGUGUGUUGGUCCUCCCUUAUUGCAAGGUAAAUGCAUCAAUGGGGGGUCAAAUGGUAACCUUGGCUACGGAGCUUUUUAUGGUGACAGAAUACACAAUGGAGAAGCUAAGUGUGAUAUUUAUGUCCUGAAAGAAAGCAUGAAUAGCAGAAGGGAAUAUGUUCAGGUGUUUUUAUUGAAAAGAGAUAGUCGCUCCUGUGGAUGAUUUUGACGGUUAUUUUGCAUGUACUAUGUUUAUCCUAGACCGAAUCAGCGGUGCAGGACACAACUAUAGGAAUUUUCACCCAAGGGCUAGAUAAAUUAUACCUUGGCCUUUCAGAAGUAUUAUAAUUAAUUUCAUCAGCUACUGCCACGUGUACUAUGAUUCUUGGGAAAUGCACAGAUAAAAAUCUCAAAUGGUGUAUGUGUGUACAUAAUGAAUAUUUAACACUCGCGAUGUACUGGUUUCCUGUGUUGGAGAUUUUGGAGAUACCCUGUGCGUUCAACUGAUACUUCUUCCUCAAAAUCAUGAUCAUUCUUCUCAUUGUUUAAAAAAAAAAAAAAGUAUUCUCAGUACUAACACUGUAGGAUCUUUGCUUGUGACUGUGUGACACAAAUUGGUUUCCCUCUCAUUUCAUGUAAAUAUGUUUUCUGUAUUCGGUGUUAGGUCAUUUGAAUUUGUUGCAACACUAUACAUGACAUUUUUUAAGUAAUGUAAAUAAAACUGUGAAAUAUA